CUGGGCAGCAACCUGGCCGCCCUGGGCAGCCUCCUGCAGGACUACGGGCACCUCCAGCAGCGGCUGGACAACGUGGAGAAUCUCCUGAAGAACAGUGGAUCCUGCGGCUGCCCCCUGGCUCUCGGGGUACCGCUCACAUUCGAUGACAUUUCAGUGUACUUCAAUGAGCAGGAGUGGGAGAGACUGGACCGUUGGCAGAAGGAUCUGUACAGGGCUGUGAUGAGGGGGAACUACGAGACGCUGAUCUCCCUGGACUAUGCUGUGUCCAAGCCUGACAUCCUCUCCCGGAUCGAGAGGGAUGAAGAGCUCUGUGUAAAAGACAGUCAGAAGUCCCCGCUGACAGGCAUCCAAGACGGUCAGGAGUCCCCACUGACACCAGAAGAGAUGGACCAGGUGGAAGAGGCUUUGGGAGAAGAUGAAGUCCCCGUGGAAGCUGACACUGAUAAGUUAGACUGUGCUGUGUCCAAGCCUGACGUCCUGUCCCAGAUCGAGAGGGAUGAAGAGCUCUGCGUCAAAGACAGUCAGGAGCCCCCACUGACACGUAUCAGAGACAGUCAAGAGCCCUCGCAGACAAGUGUGCGAGACAGUCAGGAGUCCCCGCUGACACAUAUGGGAGACAGUCAGGAGUCCCCACAGACGCCAAAAGAGAUGAACCAGAAGGAAGAGGCUUUGGGAGAAGACAAAGUCCCCACGGAAGCUGACGCAGAACUCCCCAUCCUGGUGAUGAAUGUCAUGUCCCUGAGUGCGCAGAAAGAGGAGCUGCGCAGGGAAGAUCAGCCUGAGACAGAGAUGGAAGAGGACCCGGCUGAGUCCAACAGUGAGGAAGGCUUUUUAAUGGAAAAUGAAAUAGCAUGUGGAGGGGCUUCUGAAAGCAUCAAGGUGAAGGAAGAGGAGCCUGAGGUGCUGCAAGAGGUUUCUGCACCUUCUCCUGACCCAGAGAUCCAGAAGUGCCCCAAAACUGAGCAGGCCAAGGCCAAGAGCAAGAAGAAGCCGAGCAGGUGUGAAAGCAGCAGCCUGCUGAUGGGCAACUGUCGGCGCGGCUACGUGCGCGAGUGGUCGCACCCCUGCACUGAGUGUGGGAAGCGUUUCCGUCUGAAAAUCAACCUCAUCAUCCACCAGCGGAGCCAUGCCAAAGAGGGACCCUACGAAUGCACGAUAUGUGAGAUCAGCUUUGCGGACAAACGCCACCUGGACCUUCACCAGAGCAUCCACAUAAAAGAUAGGGCCUUUGGGGCCAAGGUCUGGGGGAACGUCCACCCAGAGCUGAGGAUCCGGCCGAGGAGGAAGUUCUGUGGGGCUUUCUGCGGAGGUGCCCACAGCCUGGGCAACGGGACAUGUGCUGGGGGGCCCUGGCUCAGCCAGGCCAAGGAGGAGCAGGACAGAGGGAGCCUGUCCAGCAUGUGUUUCUCCCGACAGCAGAGUCCUAAGUCUCGUAGGAAGCCUAUGCUGAAAUGCAGUCUUUGCAAAAAGAGUUUCUCUUGCACCUUUUCCCUUCAGCGGCACUUGCAAACCCACUUGCGGGACAGGCCGUAUUGCUGCUCCGCCUGCAAGAAAUGUUUCACACGCAGAACUCACCUCUCACGCCAUGAGAAAAUACACGACCGCCAGAAAGCCCUGGCUGCACUCCAACAGCCUGCGACGGCCCAGCCCGCAACCGCCGUGCCAGCACCCCGGCAGCCCCGGCCACAAGGAGCCCCGGAGGCACCCGCGGGCAGGAGCAUUCCUCGCUCAGCAGCUCAGGCAUCCGAGAAAAACAUUAGCCCUGUGGCCACCACAGCCAAAGCAGUUCCAGCAAAUGUGCUCCUGCUUGGUCCUGCAGAACUCAGACCACCAGACAAGAACUGCCACAUCCGUGGCUGGG